AUGGAUUAAUAAAAUACAAUAUCUCGUUGUCUUGAUCAUAAUGAAUUUGUUACCUUCCUUUCAAGAUCUAAAUAAGAUUAAAAGAUAGUAAAACUUUGUCAUAAGUGUGUGGUUGAAAAAAAGAAGGAUUUAGUGUUAAUAGAUGAUGCCAAGAAAUAUCUUCAAGAAAAAAAGUUAGGAAUACUAGAGGAAAAAGAAUCCAUUAACAAGUAAAAUGUAGCAAUUUUGAAUGACUUAAAAUAAAACUUGGAAAAUCUUGGGCUGAAUUUCAAUCUAUAAAUCGAUAAAAUUAAGGAGAAUAUAGAUUCUGGUGUCAAUAUUAUAGAGUAAUCCUCAAAGUAAUUCUAGAAAGUGUUAAUUGAUACUUCGAUUGAUCAGUUAGAGAAUGUAGAUUUAGAUAAAAGUUCAAUUAUUGGAUAAUAUAUUAAUUUUUAAGAAUUACAAUAAUCAAUUUUAAGUUAAAUUGGUAAUCUAUUCAAUGAAAAAAUGUUGUAAAAAUGUUAACAAUUAAUCUAAAGAUUAAACGUUGGCGAAUAGAGCGAAGCUUUGAAUUAACUAUUUAAUAUUGGUUCUUUUAUUGAUUAGUAGACAUAGAUAAAAGCAGAUUGGAUUUGUGAUAAGCAUGAAUAAGAAAUAACUUUCGUUGAUCUAUCCGAAUAAAAAAGUAUCCAAAAUAGAUUAGCUUGUCUUGAAUGUGUUCCUGAAUAUGUUAUUUAAUAUACUAAUUUAAGACAAUUACAAAAGAUGUGGUAGAAGCAUGCUGAAUAGGCUUUGACAUUCUUUAAUGUUUAUUAUAGCAAUACUUUGAGUAAACAAUCUUAAUUAAUUCUUUAACUCAAGGACUUCAGAGAAGUAAUUUUAAAGUAAUUUGAGUAAUUAAUUGAAUCAAUUUAAAUGAAAGUUUAAAUAGAAAAUAAUGAUCUCCAAUAUCAUCAUAAGUUACUUUAAAAAACAUGGGAAGCAGUAAGUAAAGAAGAUCUAAUUAAUAUUGUUGAUCUUCUUAGUUCAUAAAAUAGAUUAGCUCUGGUUAAUCGCAUGAUAGAAUAAGAAUUUUAAUCCAAAGAUUAAGCUAUUGAUUCAAUCGUUUGUUCUCAAAUGCAUCAGCUCUAAAAUUUAAUAAACUCUACUUUUCCAUAACUUAUUACAUCCACGGUUAAGUCAUUCGUUCCAAACCAAAAACUUAAUUAAAAGAAGAUUGAUGUUGAAUCAUAAAUAUAAUAAUCUUUCUCCUUAUAAUCUUAAAUUAUCACCCUUCAGUUAUAACUUCAUAAGGAAAUCAUUUUACCUUAAAUUUUCAAGCCAUUUACUUAUGAAAUAGUUUCCUAAAUUUCAGAAAGUUCUCUAUGUUAAGCAUUUGCAUUUAAUUAUGACUCAUCAAUUUUAAUUGUUGGGUAAAAUGAUGGAUCAAUCAAAGUUUUUGAAUUUAAUUUUGGAUAAUUAAAAGAAAUUUAAUUACUUAAGAAGCAUUCGAGUAAGAUUUAUUGUUUAUAUUUCAUGUAAAAGUCUUCUUCUUUUUUAUCUGCUGGUGGUGAUUAGUAAAUAAUACUCUGGAAGGAGAAUAAUUAGAAAUAAUGGUAGAGUUAUCAAAAAUUAGAAGGUCACACUUGUUAGGUUAAUUGUUUAAUUAUGAACAAUUAAGAAGACUGUAUCAUAUCUGGUAGUUAUGAUAAAACUAUUAAAUUUUGGGUUUAAAAUAAUUAAUAAUGGAAAUGCAAUUAGACAAUAUCAGAUCAUACAGGCUAUAUUAGAUGUUUAUCAUUGAAUAUAUCAUAAAAUACGUUGAUAUCAUGUGAUGGGGAUAAAUUAAUAUUAAUCAUCUCAUAAGAUAAUAAUUAAAGAUGGAACAUAAUCUAAAAGAUAUCAGUUGAAAGGAAUGGCUAUAGUUUAUGUUUUGUAACUGAUUAGAUGUUUACAUUUUAAUAGGAAACAAUAAAUAUUAUGCAUAUCUAUCAAUUAAAUAUAGCAAGUUAAUAAUUUAUUAAAACUGAAUAAGAAGUAGACAUUAAAUCAAAUUCGGGUUGUACAUCAUUAUUCCCUUAGAAAUUCAUAAAAGCAAAAUAAAUUCUACUCAAUAAAAAUGGAAGAAACGUAAACUUAAUUAGACUUCAUAGCAAUGGUUAAUUCAAAACAGAAUAAUCUAUUGAAAAUAAUGGUAAUUGUUGUGGACUAUUUGGUACUAUUUCAAACGAUGGAAGUUAUUUAGUCACAUAUGAGAGUGAUAGUAUACAGUUAAAAGUAAGAAGAUAUAGAGAAUACUGA